AUGGCUGAAUCACAUCCCGACAUUCAGAGCAUUCUUGCAGCAUUAGCUGCUCAACGCCCGCCUGCGACCACGCCGUCGCAGACACCACCAGCACCGCCUGGGCAGGCUUAUCCUCCUCCAUCUUCGUCCGCACAGCCACCUCCAUACCAAAUUCCUCCUGCAGCUGCUGCUCCUGGCUUCACCGCAUCUGGCCAUCUUCCUGCUCCGGCCGCCAGCGGAAAUGUUGAUUUGAGCGCCAUUCGCCCGGUAAACUCUGGCACAAUGAAUUUUGACGAUGUUGCUUCCAAGGCAAGAGCAUAUGCUGCAGAGAAGGGCGCUUCGUCGUACGACCGGCCUCUUGCGUACGGUUCCGAUUCACGGAAUAGCGAUCGCAGUUAUCGUCGCUCGCGAUCUCGAUCCCCUUCCCGUGGCGAUUAUAGGGACGAUCGUAGAGGCGGUCAUGGGAGGGAUCAUGGAAGAGAUCGUUCGUUUUCACCACCAUCCAGGGGCCGAUUCUCCCCUCGCGGCGGCGGCGGCAGCGGCGGCGGCGGCGGCGGCGGGGGGAGCGGCCGAGAUCGGUCACCUCUACGUGGAGGAGAUGAUAGUUCAGAGACUAUUCAAAUUGAAUCAAGCCUGGUAGGACUCAUUAUUGGACGCCUCGGUGAGAACUUGCGUCGCAUCGAGGCCGACACAAAUUGUCGGGUGCAGUUCCUCGCUGCCACUGAUGGUGGUCCCUUUCGUCAAUGUAGGAUCACUGGUCCUCGACCGCGUCGUGCUGAUGUGAAGUCUGCCAUUAAUCGAAUAAUCGAAGACAGUGGCAUGGGGGCCUUGAAUAGACCUGCGGACAAGAGCCGCGAUGCCGAUAAGGGCGGCGCUGCCGCUCUGCGAGAAGGCGAAGACCACAUGCAAAUCAUGGUUCCUGACCGUACCGUGGGUUUAAUCAUUGGCCGCGGAGGCGAAACCAUCCGUGACUUGCAAGAACGAUCCGGCUGUCACAUCAACAUAGUGGGAGAGUCAAAGAGUGUCAACGGACUGCGGCCCGUUAACCUCAUCGGCACGGUGGAGGCUGCCGCGCGGGCAAAGGACUUCAUCAUGGAAAUCGUGGAUAGUGACACAAGAGGAGACGGCCCUAGUGCAAAGAAGGAAGCCCCUGUCGUCUCCCGCUCUCAGGGCCUGGCAAGGGAUAUGGGAGGUAAUGCUGGGCCAGACAAGGUCACCGACUCCAUCUACGUGCCGUCUGAUGCUGUGGGCAUGAUCAUUGGCAAAGGUGGUGAAACAAUCCGUGAGAUGCAGAACAAUACUGGCUGCAAGAUAAACGUUGCCCAGUCUUCGGGCCCUGGCGAGAUUCAGCGAGAAAUUGCCUUGAUUGGCACACGAGAUAGUAUCGCGCGAGCCAAACAAGCUAUUGAUGAAAAGGUUGAUGCAGUGCGCCAAAAGGGCAGUGGCGGAAGCGCACCUCCUCGCAAUCGCGGCCACCACGAUCAGGACCGACCGUCGUUAUCACAAGCCCACGAUUCGUCUACUAACCCGCCUCGAGCAACAUCCGGAGACGGUUCGGAUCCGUACGCUCAAUACGGGGGAUACCAGAACUACGUCGCUCUCUGGUACCAGUCUCUCAUGUACCAGCAACAACAACAGCAAACUGGAGACGGUCCACCGACAGGCGCCCCAGCUCCCGGCUCUUCGUGA